AUGAGUCAAGAAGUUGUAGGGCUGUUCAGUGCAACUCAUGCGAAAGAAGGGGAGCUGCUGCCAUUCUUCAGUUUGCCUACGGUUUUAAAAGCUACUGAUAAUUUUUCAAACACGAGCAAGCUGGGUGAGGGCGGAUUUGGACCUGUCUAUAGAGGCGUGCUGGAAGACGGGCAAGAAAUUGCUGUGAAACGCUUGUCAAAGAUGUCGAGCCAAGGAGUGAACGAGCUGAGAAAUGAAGUGAUGCUGAUAGCCAAACUUCAGCAUCGUAAUCUAGUGAGGACUCUGGGAUUUUGUGCUCAAGAAGAGGAAUACAUGUUGAUCUACGAAUACAUGCCUAAUCAUAGCCUCGACUUAACAUUAUUUGACAAGGAAAAGAGUAUGCUCCUUGACUGGCAAAAGCGAUUCGAUAUCAUCAACGGAAUUGCAAAAGGGCUACUCUAUCUUCAUCAAGAUUCGAGGCUGAGAAUCAUCCACCGCGACCUCAAAGCUAGCAACAUAUUGCUUGAUGCUGAUAUUAUUCCCAAGAUAUCUGACUUUGGAUUAGCUAGGAGCUUCGGAGGAAACCAAACAGAAGCUCAGACACGCAGAGUUAUUGGAACAUACGGCUACAUGUCUCCGGAAUAUGCUAUAGAUGGGUUGUUUUCAGUUUUGGUGUUCUGGUGCUGGAGCUUGUUAGCGGCCACAGAAACAGAGGAUUCCUUCUUAAAGACCACAAUCUCAAUCUUCUUGGACAUGCGUGGAGUCUUUACAAGGAAGAUAGUUUGAGAAAACUAGUCGAUCCUUGUCUGGAUGAGGCUUUCGACUUGGGACAAGUGGAACGUGCAAUCCAGGUGGGGCUGCUGUGCGUGCAGAACAGCCCAGACGACAGGCCAAACAUGUCGUCUGUGGUGUUCAUGCUGGGGAAUGAAGUGGCGCUUCCACAGGCGAAGCAGCCAGGUUUCUUCGCGGAGAGGGACAUUUCUAUUGAUGACAGCUCUAAUCCGACAGCUUCGCAUAAUCAACUUACAAUCACUUGGACACAAGGUAGA